CCGUUCACUGGGCAAUGAUCCGUCAAGCAAUCGACACGGCAAGUGAGUCUCGCCAGUUGGUCAAAACAAAAAGUGAUUGAUUCCCGUCAUUUUUCAAUGAUCCUUUCGUGAGUGAGUAGUGCUUCGUGUCGCUUGCAGGACGAGCAGUUUGCCAGGACCCGGGAGCAUCCUGCCAGGACGAGAUUCGCUUGAUUCGUCGAACGCCGCGCAUCAUCCACAGACUGCGGCCGCAUCAAAUGUCAGCGGUAGCUCGGACCGCGACGUCCUCGAACGCAUCCGACCGAACUUAGAAAAUUGCCUUUGUGCGAGUGCUUGGAGCGAGCGGCUGGACGCGGCGACGCGCUUCGACGCAGUGCCGAGGACUUUAAUUUUUUCCGUCGUUGCCUGGCUCGACUUCGACUCUGAAAAUUUUCUCGACUUUUGUUCUGCGGACAAGUCGUGGUGAACGUGAAGCGCCGAGUGACGGCUGGGACUUAGAAAAUUUUCGCGUGGAGCAGCGAGAUGAGCGUGGAAAAUGCUGAAAACGCCAAUGGCGGCGAAACUGAGGCUAAGCCUCAAAAUGGAGACUUUAGCGAUCAUCGUCCCAAUGGGAUAAGUAAUGGUCAUAUUGAAAGCAAUAGUAACAGCAGUAAGCAUAAGUCGUCCAGUAAAGAUAAGCAUAGGGAUAAAGAUAAGGACUACAAGAGUUCCUCGAAGAGCAGCAGCAGUAAUCGUGACAAGGAUUCCGAUAAAUACAAGAGUUCGUCGAGUAGUAGUAAAGAUAAACACAGGGAUAAGGAUAGGGAUAGAGAUCGUGAUAAGGAUAAGGAUAAGCAUAAAUCAUCAUCGUCCUCGCACAAGUCUUCUUCGCGCGAUAAAGAUAGGGAUAAAGAUCGUGAAGAUCGUAAGGAUCGCGAUAAAGAAAAGGAUAAAGAGCGUAGCCGUGAUAAGGAUAAGGAGAAGGAUAAGGAAAGAAGCAAGGAUAAAGAAAAGAGUGAUCGCGAUGCAGACCGGAAAAAAGAUCAUAAAAGUAGUUCUCGUGAUAAGGAUCGCGAGAAAGAUCGUGAUAAGGAUAAGGAACGUCAUCGCGACAAAGACAAGGAUAAGGAUAAAGAGCAUAAAUCAUCAUCAAGUUCAAAGGAUAAACAUUCCAGUUCAUCAUCAUCGAAAUCAAAGGACAAAGAUAAGGAACGUGAAAAAGAUAGAGACAAACAUUCAUCAUCCUCUAAAGAUAAGGACCGCCACCGUGAUAAGGAUCGAAAAGAUCGCGAUAAAGAUAAGCAUUCAUCGUCUUCAUCGAAAAAGGAUAAAGUCGAUGAAAAACCUAAUAUUAAAUUGGAAGAGCCAGAAGUUAAGGAAGAAAUCAAACAGGAAGCAGAUGAAACAUGCGAUGGUCAAUUCAAUAAUGACUUGCCUGUAAUCAAAGAGAAUGAACCAUAUUGCGGAACAAAGCAGGAAUUCAAAGAUGAAGUUAUGAAUAACUCACAGGCUAGUUCCUGUGAUUAUUCAAUGUCCCAAUUCCGAGAUGAUGAGCCUGCAUUCGAAAUAAAGGAAGAAUCGGCCGAUGAGAGUCAAGAGGUGAACAUCGAAAACGAUACUGCAGAUGAAACGGAUCCAUUAUUUUCUAGUGGUGGUGGUGAUAUGAAUGAAACGCAUGAAACCACCACCCAAGAUCAGGAUGGUAGUUAUGAUGACGAUGAUGAUGACAUGCCUCUGUCGAAACAACGCAAGAAGCGUCCCGCCAAGGAAGUAGACAGCGAUGAUGAUGCUCCGCUUAUUACGAAGAAGAAAGCAAAGACAGCAAAAACGAAAGAGAAAUCGGCGAAAAAGGGCAAGAAGAAGCGUGAAGUGGAAGAGGAUGAAGAGGAAGAAGAAUAUACGGAAAAGCCUAAGAAGAAGAAAGCGAAAAAAGAAAAGGAGAAGCCUGUUCAAGUGAAAAGCGUGUCCACCACCGAAGAGUCUCCUACUAAGGGCGGUCGAAAGAAGAAGACCGAACAAGAAGAACAGGAUGUUUGGAGAUGGUGGGAAGAGGAGAAGCGCGAAGAUGGUGUCAAGUGGAAUUUCCUGGAACACAAAGGGCCUGUUUUUGCUCCUGAUUACGAGCCACUGCCAGCUAACGUGAAAUUCUUCUACGACGGCAAAGAGAUGAAAUUGUCUCAGGACGCCGAGGAGAUAGCUAGUUUCUACGCGAGGAUGUUAAACCACGAUUAUGUGACUAAACAAGUCUUCAAUGAUAAUUUCUUCAAAGAUUGGCGCAAGUCCAUGACGUCCAAGGAGAAGGAAACCAUCAAACACUUGGACAAGUGCAAUUUCGAGCAGAUGCAUCAAUACUUCCAAAUGUUAUCUGAGAAGAAUAAGAAUCGAUCGAAGGAAGAAAAGUUGGCCCUGAAGGAAGCCAAUGAGAAACUGGUCGCAGAGUAUGGUUUCUGCACUAUUGAUGGCCACAAGGAGAAGAUUGGUAACUUCAAACUUGAACCGCCGGGUCUGUUCCGUGGCCGAGGAGAGCAUCCUAAAAUGGGUUUGGUGAAAAAGCGCCUCAUGCCUGAGGAUAUUAUGAUAAACUGUUCGAAGGACAGUAAUAUACCACAACCUCCGAAAGGGCACAAGUGGAAGGAAGUUCGUCACGACAACACGGUUACCUGGUUGGCAUCGUGGGUAGAAAACAUCCAGGGUCAGGUUAAGUACAUUAUGUUGAAUCCCAGUUCAAAAUUGAAAGGAGAGAAGGACUACAUGAAAUACGAAACCGCUCGUCGCCUAGACAAGCACAUAGACAAAAUUCGACACACCUACCGCGAAGAAUGGAAAUCGAAGGAGAUGAGAAUACGACAACGAGCCGUAGCUCUUUAUUUCAUAGAUAAAUUGGCUUUGAGAGCUGGUAACGAGAAGGACGAGGACCAAGCUGAUACAGUAGGCUGCUGCUCGCUGCGUGUAGAACACAUAGCUCUCCACAAAGAAAUGGACGGUAAGGAAAACGUGGUCGUUUUCGAUUUCCUCGGUAAGGAUUCCAUUCGUUACUAUAAUGCGGUCGAGGUCGAAAAGCGGGUGUUCAAGAAUUUGGAACUGUUCAUGGAGAAUAAGAAAGAAGGCGAUGAUUUGUUCGAUCGGUUGAACACAAGUGUUUUGAAUGAACAUUUGAGAGAUCUUAUGGAAGGACUUACCGCUAAGGUAUUCCGUACGUACAACGCAUCAAUCACGCUACAAAAUCAAUUAGACCUGCUUACUGAUCCUGAUUCAAGUGUACCGGAAAAACUUUUAGCCUACAAUCGUGCCAAUCGCGCCGUAGCUGUUCUGUGCAACCAUCAACGGUCUGUGCCUAAAGGUCACGAGAAAAGUAUGUCAAAUUUGAAGGAGAAAAUUCGGCAAAAGCGUGAAGCUAUUGAUGAUUGUGAAGCUGAACUUCAUGAUCUUCAAAAGGCCGCCAAAAGAGGUUCUGUAAAGGAGAAAAUCAAUUGCGAUAAGAAGAGAAAGCAACUGGAACGGCUCAAGGAGCAACUCAAAAAAUUAGAACUACAAGAGACUGAUAGGGAUGAGAACAAAACUAUUGCAUUGGGUACAUCAAAACUGAACUAUCUCGAUCCAAGGAUAUCGGUUGCAUGGUGCAAAAAGUUCGGGGUACCCAUUGAAAAGAUAUUCAAUAAGACACAACGGGAUAAAUUCCGAUGGGCUAUUCAUAUGGCCGAUGAAAAUUAUAGAUUUUAAAUCAUUAAUUUUAAGAUAAACUCAGACGUGUUACGCCUAGAUAUAUGUGAGGAAAUUAUCGAUAUAAUGUUUGUCAGAAACAUCCGCAAGGAAUGCAAAAUCGUACGUUGAGGCUACGAUUAUAUAAUUGUAUUUCUCGGGGGUUCGACAAAAACACAAAAAAAAACCAUACAAAUGUAUGCAAAAACAAACCCAUCUAGAAACAAACAAAAAAAAAGAUAUCAUUCUAGUGCAGUUAGUAACAUUGACAUUGAUCAUGUUCCCUUCCAUAUUAUUUAUCCUUGAAACAAGUCGAAAUGCAUACAAAAAUAGUGUAAAACAAAAAAAAAAGUAUAAAUAAAAAAAAUAUGUAGAUUUUCUAUAAUUUUUCCGUAGUUUAUAGAUAGAUUGAUUUAUCCUAUUCAUUUUUGUUCCCAUGCAGUGAUUUGAUGUUCAAUUAUCGAAAUGUCAAAUAUUAUUUCGUGGUUCAAAUGGAAUAAUUAUCUAAAUAGGAACUAAGCAUCGUUAAGGAACGAUCACUCUUGAUUUUAGGUUUUACCACAGCGUAACAGAGAUUAUGAAUCCAAUUGAAACAAGAAAACAAUUUUACCACCAGCAAACUAGCUAAAUUUUAUAUAAAUAUUACUUAAUUGGGAGAGAUACGUGACAUAUGGCUAAUUUGUCGAUAUAUAAGUGAAAUAUAUAUUUAGAUAUAAUAAAUUUCACGUGUAGUUUCGGACCAGCUGCAAACAUUUGCUGAGAGAGAGAGAGAUAAUGUCCCCGAAAUUGCUCCUUAAGUAAUUCAGAUUAUUUUAGUUAAGAUUUAAUUACAAUGAAGGUAUUUGCAAAGUGCAAAAUUCAAUUAUUUUUUCCAAAUAGAAUUUUAGAUGUAACUCAUUGUAAAUAAAGUACAGACGUGCAUAAUUUAAUAAAAUUGACACAUUAUAAUUGGAUUGCAAUAAAUGGAA